AUGAAACAAUUUGUGAUUCUAGUGUGCUUUGCGGCUCUCUGUGCGGCCGCUCCGCAAGGCUACAAGUAUCAGCAGCAGCAGCCAUCAGGAGUGCUGCCCAUUGGAAAUCUACGUCCCCAGACACCAAUCUCAUCAAGUGGAAUAUACACAGCACCUGGCCAAAUCAGUGUCCAAGCACAGUCCAUUCAGACUCAACCUAUUCAGAACAUCCAGAAUGUGAUUGCCCCAGCUCCUGUGCCCAUCUCUGUGCCUCAGCCAAUUGUUAAUACUGUGGCCCAGCAGAUUGUGCAGCAGCCUCAGCAGAUUGUGCAGCAGCCUCAGCAGAUUGUGCAGCAGCCACAGUAUGUGCAACAACCACAACAAGUGGUGCAGCCACAACAGGUGGUGCAGACCCAAUAUGUCCAGCGUCCUGCCAUUAUUACCAAGGAUAUUUACAUUCACUCUGCCCCCGAUGACACUGAAGAGAUCCGUCAGGCUGAUACCCCAUUGGACAAUCUUCCCAUUCGCAAGAACUAUCGCAUUGUGUUCAUCAAAGCCCCAACUCAGAAUCUGAAGCACACCGCCGCCGCUCUGAAGCGUGCCCAGGCCACCAAUGAGGAGAAGACCGUCAUCUAUGUGCUGUCCAAGAAGCCCGACAUCACUGAGAUUCAGCAACAGUUGCAGGUCACCCAAUCCGAGGCCAAGGUCCACAAGCCCGAAGUCUACUUCAUCAAGUACAAGACCCAGGAGGAGGCUCAGCGUGCCCAGCAAGAAAUUCAGGCUCAAUACGAUGCUUUGGGUGGUGCCACCCACAUCUCGGAUGAGGGUGUUGCCCCCAUUACAACUGUCUCGGGUGGUUCCCUCAAUCUCGGCAACAUUGGUCUUCAAUCCCAAAGCUAUGUCCAGCCUCAGAUUCAGACAAUUGUUCAACAGCAGCCACAGACUCAGACAAUUCAGCAACAUAACUCAUUUGUCCAGACCUCUUCCUCAUCCGUGUCUGGCUUGAAUCUUGGUGUCAGUGUGCCAGCCAAGAAAUAUGUACCAGCCAGGACAUUGUAA